AUGUUGAGAGCCUCCGUCAGAGCUUCGGUGAGAGCCUCAUCCGGCCUCCAGACGAGAUCCGUCUACACCUCCGUGUUGGACAAUGAUAUCAAUAUCACCAGAAACGGAAAAGUUAACUUGGCUGUUGGUCCUGGUGGUCGUUCUUCGAGAACUGGAUACACCGUGACUGUUUUCGGUGCCGCAGGUUUCUUGGGUCGUUAUUUGACCUCUAAAUUGGCCAGACACGGUACCAACGUGGUCGUGCCUUUCAGAGACGACUUGAAGAAAAGAUUUUUGAAAGUCACUGGAGAUUUGGGUGUGGUCAACUUUGUGGAAUUUGACCCUAGAAACUUGGAGUCCAUCGCUGAAUCGGUGGCCCACUCCGACGUUGUGUUCAACUGUAUUGGUGCCGAUUACUGGACCAAGAACUUCUCUAUGGCUGAUGUGAACAUUGGUAUCACCGAAAGAAUCACCAACGCCGUUAAAGACGCAGGAAACCCAAGAUACGUCUACGUGUCGUCUUACAACGCCAACCCAUCGUCGGACUCCAUCUUCUACGCCACUAAGGGUAUUUCUGAGCAGGUUGUCAAGGAUAUUUUGCCAGAUUCCACCAUUGUGAGACCAUCUCCUAUGUAUGGUCGUGAGGACAACUUGUUGAACUACUUGGGUCCUAAGUUGAAGAUGUGGACGCCUAACAGAAAUGCUAAGGAGAUCUAUCCUGUGCACGUGCUCGAUGUGGCCCAUGCAUUGGAGAGAAUCGGCUUUGACGACUCCACUGUGGGCCAGACAUUUGAGUUGUACGGUCCAGAGAAGUUGAGCUUCCAUGAGAUCAGAAAGAUGGUUCACGGUAUCACCCAGGACUUCUCGCAGGUGGGUCCCUUCUCAUACAACUUUGCAGACUACGAGAUCCCAUUGCAGUUGGCCAAACUUGUCGCUCAGAUCAAGCAGUACUUGUACUGGAAGCAAACCAACCCGGACCAGGUGCAGAGACACUUGAUUAACCAAACCAUUGAUCCUUCUGCCAAGACUUUCGCUGACUUGGGCAUCACAGACUUGGACCGUUUGGCCGAUGUGUUGUUCACCUAUGUGAAGCACUGGAGACAUCCAUUGAUUGCUCAGCAGGGUGCUCCUUCCAAGAAGGAGUUGAACAGAUUGCGUGAGCAGCAACACUUCACAUAA